GCAUCUGCGCCCAGUCACAGGGCUGGGAUUUGUUCCACGUUUGGGUGAUUUCAUCUUAGCAGGCAGACAACGUUCGCAGAUGUUUUCUUCUCCUCUCCAAAAUCUAUCACUAAAGCGGCUUGUGUUAUUUCCCGGUGCUUACUGCAUCCCCCCGCUACCAGCCCUUCCCGGCAGGCGGGUUCACGGUCUGUCGUAGCAAAAUGAAGGUUUGCCGAUGUCGGAGACGUAGUUCUUCUCUUCCUCCAAAGUAAGCUCUCCUGCCUGCGAUGGGCUCCAAGUUGUCUGUGGACGACUCUGUGCGCGUUGUGAUUGUUGGAGGUGGCUUUGGAGGCAUUGCAGCUGCCAGCCAGCUGAAGUCCUGGGCAAUCCCCUUUGUGCUGGUGGAUAUGAGAGAUGCUUUCCAUCACAACAUCUUCCCCCUGAUAUCGCCUCUUAUCACAGGAUUUGCCAAGAAGACUUUCAUCUCCUACUCUGUCACCUUUGGGGACAGCUUUCGACAAGGCAAAGUUGUUGGAAUAGACCCUGGGAAACAACAAGUCUUGCUAAGUGAUGGUGAGGAACUUCACUACUCCCAUCUCAUUCUCGCAACAGGCAGCGAUGGGCCGUUCCCUGGGAAGUUCAACAAAGUCAUUGACAUGGAAAGUGCCAUCCAGACCUAUGAGGACAUGGUCAAGGAGAUUGAAAAAUCUCAGCGCAUCCUGGUUGUGGGAGGUGGUUCUGCUGGAGUCGAGAUGGCUGCAGAGAUCAAAACAGAGUACCCGGCCAAAGAGGUCACCCUCAUUCACUCAAAAAUUGCACUAGCUGAUGUGGAGCUGCUACAUAGUGUCCGUCAGGAGGUGAAGGAGAUUCUCCUCAGGAAAGGAGUGCGCCUCCUGUUAAGUGAAAGGGUCAGCAACCUUGAGGACUUCACUCCAAACCAGUUCCAGAAGGAUAUGGUAGUAAGGACAGAAAAGGGCACAGAGGUUACAGUGGACAUGGUGGUCCUGUGUACAGGGAUAAAGAUUAACUCUUCGGCAUAUGCCAGUGCAUUUGGGGAUAAACUGGCAAGUAAUGGUGCUUUGAAAGUUAACCAGUACCUCCAACUGGAAGGCUAUGAGAACAUCUAUGCCAUCGGGGACUGUGCAGAUCUGAAGGAACCAAAGAUGGCCUACCACGCUGGGCUCCAUGCCAACAUUGUGGUGACAAAUAUCAUCAACAGCCUGACACACAAAUCUCUUAAAACAUACCAGCCAGGGUCACUAACAUUCCUGCUUUCAAUGGGCAAGAAUGAUGGGGUAGGCCAGAUUAACGGUUGCUAUGUGGGACGUCUCUUGGUGACUGUUGCUAAGAGCAGGGACCUUUUUGUCUCCAAGAGCUGGAAGACAAUGGGGCAGACAAUGCCCUACUAGGAAGUUCAUUAACAAACCAGCAAGGGCUAUACAACCUGGAAGAUGGUGAGGGUGCACUUUCAUUGCCUGGACAGACUGCUACUGUCUCCUCCAAGCAUCUCCUAAAGCCACUCUUCAGUGUGGUGCAUUAAAGGGGUGCCCUAUGUUGCUGUAAAGGCAACAAGGCACUUUCUGAACCAAUUGCCACAGAAGCUCUCAUGCUGAAAGCAGGGGAGGGAUGAUUCUCCUACUUUCCUGUGGAGGCAGCUCUGAGCAAGAAGUUUGGUUUACCUUGAUUUGUAACAAUAAACACUGGUUUUCAAAAUCUCUGUAGUUGGUUGGUUCUUGUGUGGGUUUUUCCUCCAGCAUUCUCCCUACCUGCUCUUCUAAAAGGUAAGUUAUCAUGGUACCUACCUGUUACUGUGGUACAGAGGAAGCUUAU